GUCGUAUUCCCAUACUCUUCAUCGAUCUAAAAAAAUGUGUAAAGCGUAGCUGUGAAAAUGCCCAUCCAAAACCCCUGAAAAACCUUUUGCUUUCUCAAACCAAUGGCUACGUUAUCAGUUGCUCCACUUGUUCCUCUUCUUCCUCCACGGCAAUCAUUCGCGUUCUUCAAGCUUCCCUCAUCCACUAAUGGACCUCUUCUCCCCUUUCCCAUGCUUACCCUUGUACCCACUAAGCGCUCCCGUUCCCGUUUCGUGUUCCCCAAAGCCGCCUCCUCUGUUUACGCCACCAUUGACGACCUCGAGCUCGACACUGUCAAUAUUGCCGACGACGUAACCCAGUUAAUUGGGAGAACACCAAUGGUAUACCUCAAUAAAGUUAGCGGAGGCUGUGUGGCGAAUAUUGCAGCAAAGCUCGAGUCUAUGGAACCCUGCCGAAGUGUCAAGGAUAGAAUUGGCGGUAGCAUGAUAUCUAAUGCAGAAGAAAGUGGAUUAAUAUCUCCUGGGAAGAAUGUAUUGGUUGAACCAACUAGUGGAAAUACAGGACUGGGAAUUGCUUUUGUCGCUGCUACUAAAGGGUACAAACUCAUAGUGACGAUGCCUGCAUCUGUAAAUCUUGAAAGAAGGGUUCUAUUACGCGCUUUUGGAGCGGAAGUUGUUUUGACAGAUCCAGAGAAGGGUUUGAAAGGGGCUUUAGAUAAAGCUGAACAAAUUGUUCUCAGCACCCCUAAUUCAUUUAUGCUUCAACAAUUUGAUAAUACUGCAAAUGCAAAGAUCCAUUUUGAUACUACCGGGCCAGAGAUAUGGGAGGAUACCAUUGGAAGUGUUGACAUUUUAGUUGCUGCUAUUGGAACAGGUGGUACUGUCACAGGCACUGGGCGUUACCUGAAAGCGAUGAACAAAGAAAUAAAGGUAGUAGGUGUAGAACCUGCAGAGCGGAGUGUGAUCUCUGGAGAAAAUCUAGGUUACGUGCCAAGCAUUUUGGAUGUUAAUCUGCUUGAUGAAGUCAUGAAGGUUACCAAUGAUGAAGCUGUUGAAAUGGCAAGGCAAUUAGCGUUGAAGGAAGGUUUGCUGGUUGGUAUUUCAUCAGGAGCUGCUGCAGCUGCUGCAAUAAGUUUAGCAAGAAGACCUGAGAACGCUGGAAAACUUAUUGCGGUUAUAUUUCCAAGCUUUGGUGAGAGGUAUAUUCCAACUGUACUUUUCCAAUCCUUAUAUGAAGAUGUUCAGAAGAUGCGAGCAACAUGAAUAAAUCAAACCAUUCAAGACAAAUGAGUUGUGCAAAAGAUUUGGCAACUUAUAUAACAUCAAGCAAACAGUAAGAAACAUUUUUCAAAAGGUAAUAUAUUUGAACUGUUAAUACUGGAUAGAUAUUUUCUGUCCCGUAACACGGUACUGUUUUUAUAUGGUUAGAUUUGUGAUUCAAUGUGGGCAGUGCUGUUCAGGGUGGGU